AUGGCCCAGAAAGCAGCCAAAACCCUGGCAACUCGCAACGCCGCCGUCCUCACCCGCACACACCUCACAACCGCAGCUCUACACCUGCUCUUCCUAAUCCUCCACUUUACAUUCGGCCGCCCCCGCUCCCUAAAGCCAUACCUACUCCUCGCGGUACCAACCCUAAUCAUCGAAUUCUACCUCGACCGCGUCGGCCGCCCCCGCUAUAACGAGGAUGGCUCGCUGCGCUCUGCGGGCGAGGAUCUCAACGCUACCGGGUUGACCGAGUAUAUGUGGGACGUGCUCUACUGGACGGAGGGGUGUAUUGCCGCUGUGUGUAUCUUCAAUGAUCGCGCUUGGUGGUUGUGGGCUGUUGUGCCGCUUUACUCGGUUUAUUUGGCGUAUUCGACCGUUAUGGGGGUGAAGAAGGGCUUUGCGGGGAUGGGUGGGGGGUGCGGAAGGGGCGGAUGGUCAGGCGCCUAUGAGUAA